CUGCCCCGCCCCCGGAAUAUUGGAACGUUCCAUGGCAGUUAGGGGCCCGGUCCUACGGAAUAGGUCGUUUCUUUCCCAGACCCCAGGCCCUGUGGUGGCAAGGACUCUGCCUGAUACAAAUAUUUAAGGGAUGAGGGACCACUGAGCCCAGCAAGGGAAGGUGGAGAUGGGGUGGAGGUUAGGAGGAGAGACAGGGAAUGCUCAAGAUGGGGGCAGGGGACUGUAGGGCUGGAUUUCCCGGGUCGGUAGGAAAAAAGGAUGAGCAUCCAAACCCUGGCGAGGGAAGGGGGGGCUGGGAAGCGGGACGGGGCGGAGGGGAGCCUGGCCCAAGAAGAGAGCUGGCCGGCUGACCCCAGCGGUGCCAGGCAGGUGCCCGGGGAGCACCCCUCAGUGCCCCGGAGAAUCUCCGUGCUGCCCCUGUGGUGGAGGAUGACGCACAGCUCCCGCUGGGUAGCGCGGGUGCUGGCCUCGGAGCUCAGCCUCGUCGCCUUCAUCCUGCUGCUGGCCAUGGUGUUCUCCAAGAAGUGGCUGUGCCUCUCCGGGAGCCGCGUCUACCAGCGCUGGCCCAGCAACGUCAGCUCGAGAAUCUACACGUCGGCUCGUCUCAUGUCCAUGGGGCUCCUGCACAUCUGCAAAUCCAAGAGCUGCUCCAGCUCCGAAAACGGGAAAGACAGUUUUAAGCUGUGGGAAAAUCACCCGGUCUUUGGGGUGGCCCGGAUAACCUUCUGCCUGACCCUGGGGCUGGGCUUUGUCUUCACCGUCUGGUUGCACCUGCCGUAUCUACCUGGUCUGAAGAGACUGCCCUUCUUUAGCUGGAUCGGGACCAUCCUGAGCUUCUUUGAAGUUACCUUUAUCUUCUCUACCCUCCUGCUGUUCCCUAUUAACCUCUGGAUCUUUGAGCUGAAGAGGAAUUUAUCUGUCCCCAUCGGCUGGAGCUAUUUCAUCGGCUGGCUGGUGUUUGUCCUGUACGUCACCUGCGCGGCCCUCUGCCAUUUCAACCACAAACACUUCUAGAGCGUGAUUAUGAACUGUCCCAGCCGGGCCGCGUCCUGCAGCAAUGGUUCCAGCUCAGUACAGAACUUUCCGAGUGAGCCGGGGGUCUCACACACCUCGGGCAAGCAGGAGGAAGUCCCGGAUCCCGAGCGGGAGAAGGCAUCUCCGUAACCCUUUCCGAAAUCCUGGCGCCGACUUCGGCCGCCCCUCGUCCGAAUCCCUCGCCUCGUCCUUUCUCGAAGCCCUGGGUAGGUUGGCUCUCCUCGCCUCGAGGACUUAGAGAGGGAGGAUUUUAGGUCAGCCUCGCACUUGCCCUCCUCGUUCCUGCCGGCUGACAGCGGGGCCGAUGGGGAAUAAAUUGUCUCUUGCUUA